UCUUUGUAGCCAGGUGAAUGUUUUACUUUUAUGUUUGAUAACUUUGAUUGUUUUAAUUUUUAUACUUAACUUAUCUCAUUGAAUUUUUAUACUUAACUUAUCUCAUUGAGUUUCUUUGUGACAGGUCUCCUUAUUGGCAACAAAUGGUUGAUGCCAUUACCAUAUGCGGGGCGGGGUUCAAAGCCCCUAGUGAGAGUGAUUUGAGGGGACCCAUUUUGUCUCAAAUGGUGGAUGAUGUGAAAAAGGAUUUAGAUGAACAACGCCACAUAUGGAGCACUAAAGGUUGCACCAUCAUGACUGAUGGUUGGACGGAUAGGAGAAAUAGAACUCUCCUUAAUUUUCUUGUUUCUUCCGCAGGGGGCACCGUUUUCAUCAAGUCCAUUGAUGCCUCCGCCCAUUGCAAGAAUGCCACCUACCUAUGUGAGCAGAUAGAGGAGGUGAUUGAAGAUGUGGGUGAGGAGAACGUGGUACAGGUGGUGACCGACAAUGCAGCAAAUUAUGUUGCUGCGGGUAGACUAUUGAUGGAGAGGCACCCAUCUAUAGUUUGGACUCCAUGUGCUGCUCAUUGCAUUGACUUCAUGUUGGAGGAUAUUGGAAAAAUCCCAUGGGUCAAGAGAUGUGUAGAAAGGGCAAGAAAUGUCUGCAAAUUUGUAUAUAAUCAUUCAUGGGUGUUGGCUCUUAUGAGACAAUACAUAGAGCAGAAGGAGUUGCAUCAUCCAGGAAUCACAAGAUUUGCCACAAACUUCCUCACAUUGCAGUCCAUGCUUAGGUCUAAGCCUGCCUUGAGACGUAUGAUUGUUGGUGAGGAGUGGUCUUCCUCAUCCUAUGCUACCACCCCUGUAGGGAUAGAGAUGGCAGACUGCAUUUUUGAUGAGCAAGGCUUUUGGGUCCCUUGUGAUGAGAUAGUGAAGGUAAUUUUUUUAUAAAUUCUACAAUUUAGCUUCAUGUUUUAUAAGUUAUUAUA